AUGAGUGUUGAUAUUUUUUCAACAAAUCAAAUAUUAUGUAGAUCAUCAAAUGGUAUUUUAAAUUUCACACAUUUCUCAUCUCAAGCAUGUAGUGAUUGUUUAUGGUAUACAUUUAUUAGUCCACGUAUGGAUACAUAUAAAGAAACUUAUAAUAUUUCAAAAUGUUUGGCUGGUUUAAUGAUAUGUCAAAUUAUUAUUAAUGGUUUAAUUAAUCCAAAUUGUCAUUGUAAUAAUCCUAAUGUUGUUUAUAAUGUACCAGAAAGUGCUAAUAUUUUUGAGGGAAAAUUUACAUCAUUAGAAAAUUUUAAUCUUUUUUCAAAUUUACCUUCUAAUUUUUAUACAAAAACAAAAGAAUGUUGUUUUGCAGCACAGGAGUGUUGUUUAAAAGUACAAAAUAAUUUUAAUAAGAAAUCUUUUAAUAUUAAAAAACAAAAAUUAUAUAGUAAUGAAAAGGUAUGCCCAUCAACAUGGGAUGGUUGGCAGUGUUGGAAUGAAGCUAAACCAAAUAGUGAAGAAAGAAAUACUUGUGCAUCAUAUCUUUAUGAUAAUGAUGAAAUAAUUAAAAAUAAUGUUUAUGUAGCAAGAAAAAAUUGUAAUAAAAAUGGUGAAUGGUAUAAGAAUUCUUUUGGAUAUGAAUGGACAGAUUAUACAGGUUGUAAAGAAGCUAAAGCUAUUACUACAAGUAAACUUUUUUAUGGAGUUAUUGCUUAUUCAAUAUCAACAAUUGGUAUACUUCCAGCAAUAUAUAUUUUUACUAAGAAAAGCCCAUUAUCAUCACAACCAAUGUUUAUUAUACAUAAGCAUCUCCUAAUUUCAUUCUUUUUUUAUGGAUUUGUUUUUAUAUUCAAUUACUUUUUUUUCACAAGUACAACUGGUUUACAAUUAUACUAUAGAAAUCAUAUAACAUGUCGUUUUUUAUUUACAAUUCAAUUACGAUAUUUUCGUCUUACAAAUUUUACAUGGAUGUUAGCAGAAGGAGUUCAUCUAUAUCGUUUAUUAAUGUCUCCUAUGGGUCGUACUAUUAAUUUGAAACCAUAUUUUGGAAUAUGUUGGAUAUUUCCAUUAGUUGCAUCUAUUAUUUAUUCCUUUUUAAGGAUAUACUUCGAAAAUAAAGAUUGUUGGAUUGCCCCAAGCAAUUAUUGGUGGAUAGAAUGGACAAUUAUUGGACCUUGUUUGUUUACACUAUGUGCAAAUCUUGGUCAUAUGAUAGCAGUAUUGUUUCAUCUAGUUAAAAAAUUAAAAUAUAAUCCACAUGAAGAACCAAUGCAAUAUCAAAAGGCAGUUAGAGCAAUCUUUUUAUUAAUGCCCAUAUUUGGACUUCAUUUUAUUUUAACAAUUUAUCCAAUUCCUAAUAAAUUUUAUGAAGUUGCUAGUGAAAUCGUUGAUGGUUUACAAGGUCUUUUUGUAGCAAUUAUUGUUUGUUAUACAAAUAGAACUGUUAUUGAAACAUAUAAACAUAAAUUUCAAGCAGUAAACUCUUUAAUUUAA